ACUUACAUCAAAUAGUAGGAUUAGCUCAGAAGAUCCUGGUCACUGGAUGCAGAUGGCUGCCCAUGUUCUAUUGGUUGGAGGAGACCGAUGGGCUACAAACAGAAAUUGCUGCAGAGAUUUUUUUUACAGCCAGUAUUGUAAUGCCCUUGAGUCUCCCAGAUGAGUUAGCUGGUGUGAGGGGGUUAUUGGGAUCUUUUCACUGAGGUAAUAUGGGUGAACAGAUCUGACAGUAAAGCACUUGAUUAAAUUGAAUCUGAAACUGCUUUAAAAUGUAUUUAUCUUUUAGUCAUAAAAACAGGAUAAAUGGAAGUGAAAGUGAUGGAAGAUGAUGGAAAAUAAUUAUUUGUGACUACAUGAACCAAAAAAAAAAAAGCCCAGCGAGAUAGAGAGGACUUGUAUGAUCAGUGGGCCAUAUGAAUAAUUUAGCAUGACACUGUUCAGCUGAAAGAAAGGAAGAGAUGGGAGUGUCCACUCAUGCUGAUGCUUUUCCCGUUGGGGCUUCCCGUGUUGUGUGAUCUGCUAACUCGAGCAGUUUUCUGCAGUGGCGUAGUAAAUCUGAUGCACGCAGCAUCUAGUUGCUUAUAUAACACCACUCUGUUCUGGCAGCUUCAGCUCCACAGCUUCAAACAAUUGCCCCAUCCAUCUCUCUCCCCUCCGGAUGAAGAGCAGCAACAAGGCUUUGAAUCUGACUCCUCGUUCAUCGACCCGGACGAGCUGCACCCCUCCUCCCUUUCCGCCGGCUCUCAUCCUAUUCGCUCCUCCUUCUUUCUCUCUCCCUCCCUCCUUCACUUCCUAACCCUCUUGCUUCUUCUUCUCCUUGUCUUCUCUUGGCUUUGGAUGCCCUCCUCAUGCACAGGAUGGACUCAGGAGGGGAAGGAGGAGAGGGGUGGAUGGAGGACCAGUGGGAGAAAUGGUUGACUCAUGACAUCAGUCUGGAUGAGUUUGAGGAUGAUGACCUGUCAGAGAUUACAGAGAUCACUGAUGAACGAGGGAUGAGCCUCAACUGCAAUGGCCCUGAUAUGAAGGGCUGCGUGAGACGGGGAACCAAUAGUAUGUCAGGGAGGAUUGAUCUGGGAGCAGUUGGUCAGCUUCAGGCUGAGAUGUUGCAUUUGGACCUCAUUGAUGGUGCUGACGGUUACCGCGGUGAUAAAGAGUCCUCCAAGGCAUCAGCUGUUGCAUCUCCGGCAGUCACCAAGGACCCUGCAGCAUCUGUCACCAUGGAUACUUAUCGGCCCAAGAGACCCACGACACUUAACCUUUUCCCAAUUGUGCCACGCACACAGGACACAUUAAACAACAAUUCCUUUGGAAAGAAAUACAGCUGGCAGGAAAAGGUUUCUGGUUCGUCUUCACCUCUUAAAACCGGUGACCUCACACCUCCACGUGAGCACAGCUGUCUGGGCGAUCAGGACAAGGUGCAGCUUGGGGGAGCACAGACCAAAGACUGCGGGACAUCCACCGACGCCCCCUGCAGACACGGCCACACGUCGGGUCAUUCGCAUGGCUCGAGUGCAGGGGCCGUGACGCGCUGCAAGCUACAAGAGAAGCCUCCUCAACCUCCACCACCACAGAACUACACACCAGCUCCUCUGUACCCGGCGGGUAAAGCCGAUAGUAUUGCUCACCAUCGGGAACGGAUUCAGUACCAAAAAGAUGUUCAUUUGGAGCCUACAGAGGAGAUUUACCUGACUCCAGUGCAGCGUUCCGCUGACCUCUUAGAGCCCGCUAACACACAGGACCGACCUUUCCUCUCACAGCAGACUGAACAAGGACGCAUGUCCAUAAGCUCUGAUACAGAGGGACCACCUCCUUAUCAGCCCCUUCCAGACAGGACAAACCCCUCCAUCUAUGAAGAGGAUGAACUUUAUGUCCCUCCACCUUCAUACGCUUCCUGUGUAGAGUCUCUCAUCACACCUCCUGGCAUGGCUGUUUCACCUAACUCGUCUCUCGCCCUGGACCUCAGCUUGAAAGCGACAGGGGCCAUGCUUCGAGCUGGCUCUUCUGUCGAGUAUGUGGAUGCCACAGAUGACAGCUAUUGUGGAGAGGAUGAGGAUGUAGACAGGAUAAUAAUGGCCCAAAGAAUGACAAAGGGGGGAGGGAAGGGAGACAGUGGUGGUGUCAGCAAAUCUGUCCCACUAAGGACUACCAUGAGCUCAGAGGCCAGCAGCUUAACAUAUGACUCAGUCAAAUACACACUGGUGGUAGAUGAGCAUGCUCAGCUAGAGCUCAUCAGUCUCCGACAGUGUUACCAAGGCUACAGUGAUGACAGCGACUCGGCCACCGUCUAUGACAACUGCGUCUCCUCGCCCUACGAAUCAGCCAUUGGGGAGGAGUACGAGGAAGAGGAUGAGGAUCAAGACUCUCGGACAGGAGGGGUGCAGAGGGAGGCAACAGCUUGCCUUUCUGAAGACUCCACUUCUGAGGAAGACCUGCAUUUCUCCAAAAAGUUCCUGAACGUCUUCAUGAAUGGGCGCUCUCGCUCCUCAAGUGCUGAGUCAUUUGGCUUAUGUUCCUGUGUCAUUAAUGGCGAAAAAAAGGACCAGACCCACAGAGCAGUUUACAGAUUUGUGCCUCGACAUGAUGAUGAACUGGAGUUGGAGGUGGACGACCCUUUGUUUGUGGAGGUCCAAGGGGAGGACUACUGGUAUGAGGGCUACAACAUGCGGACUUAUGCUCGUGGGAUCUUCCCUGCCUACUACGCCAUAGAGGUCACCAAGGACACUGAGAGCUGUGAAGUGAAGAGUAGUGAAUGGAUGGACACAUAUCGCCUGAAGUUUCUGGGAUCAGUCCAAGUGCCCUACCACAAAGGAAAUGACGUUUUAUGUGCAGCUAUGCAGAAGAUCGCUAUCAACAGAAAGAUGACAGUCAAGUAUAACCCGCCUUCCUCCUGCAUCCUAGAAAUCAGUGUUAAAGGCAUCAAACUGGCAGUUCAAGAGGACUACUACACCUGUGAUAGAAGUAACGAGUGCAGUCACUUCUUCCAGCUGAAAAACGUCUCGUUUUGUGGCUACCAUCCUAAAAACAGCAAGUAUUUUGGUUUCAUAACUAAGCACCCAGCUGACCAGAGAUUUGCCUGCCAUGUGUUUGUGUCUGAAAACUCCACCAAGCCCCUCGCAGAGUCAGUAGGGAAAGCUUUCCAGCUGUACUACAAAGAGUUUGUGGAGUUCUCGUGCCCCACAGAGGACAUCUAUCUGGAGUAACCCCAUCUUCAACCACAGCUCUGUACAGUACACUGUACUAUAACAUAAUGUUGCAUGAAGAACAUCUAUUUCUAAAUUUAAAAUGAAAAAAAUGGUAAAACAUCUGACAAACAUGACAAACAUGCAGGGAAAACAUCAGUAUUACCCCUGUGGUUGAAGCCUUUGUGUAGGAGAGGAUGAAAACGAAACAAAGGGUUAAUGUCUUCUGGGAGACAAUAUGCAAAAGGAUUCACAAAUGAGGUGGAUACCAUCAAUGCAAAGCACAAAAUGUGAACUCCUGCAGCCUUGUCAGUCUGAUUAGCCUGUAGCAUAAUUUCAAUGCCACUUGAGACGUACUGGGCUGCUCUGAUCUGCCUUGUUGCACUAAGUGAAGAAAAUCAGCAGCCUGUUUUAGAAGCAAUGACUCAUCUGGAUUUAAAUAGGAACGAUCCGAGCAAAAAUACCAUUCUGACUCUAGAAAUGUACACGAAGUGAAGUAAAAAUCGCACUGGUGAUUUCAAUUCUUUAAACAUAUCGUAUACAAGACUGUAUUGACAUUUUGGACUAAUCUUAAACACGACAACAUCCAGCUGAACAAAUCCGUUUAAAUUCUGGUCUGGUUUGAUAUUUUUUACAGAAUUAUGAGCUGUGAAGUACAGAUAGAGAGCAGCAUCAGUCUGAAGGCUGACCUGUUUUCAUACGCCAGGAAACGGCUUGUAUUUCAGUUUGAGAUGAUUAAUCGAACAGAUGGUCCAAAUUAUCCUAAUGGUUAACCUAAAAAGUCAGUCUAAACAAAGUGUAGAGGGCAGUUCUACAUCUCAGAACAAAAAGAGAUAAAAAUCUCCAUCACCUCACACGUUAUAACAAAGAGUAGAUGUGGAUACAUUGUGCUAGAAUAAACUGAUUCUGUCUGUAACUAUAAAAACAAUAAUGAAGUGCAGUGUGCAUCACUUCUUCUCAUUAAAAAAGUGGAUUUUUCAUCUCAAACUUUUCAGCAGCUUCUGUUGGUUCUGUGUUUAGCUGAGCUGCCGCCACUGUGUGCCCAGUACAAACCUAUGCCCUUAAUUUAUUUCAUAUGUCAGAUACACUGUGCUUCUUUACUGUGUGAGCUAACAAGGUGUUGAAUCAGUUAUAAAAGGGUUGAAAUAUAAACACACCAGUGAGAAUGCUUGGUGACGGACAAGGGAUUAGACACAGAAUCUCUUUCAUACUUUUACAAAAACUCAGUUUUCUUGGUUGAAAUAAUGCAUCCAUUCUGUGAAGCAGUUGGCUCAAAUCCAGAGUUGGGAUGAGUUUCUCACCUCCACAUGUGUUGCAUCAGUUCAAACAAAAUGCUGUUCAAAGUUGGUCUGCUUGUCUAGAGCAGUGGUUCUAAAACUGGGAUCUGGGACCCCAAGGAAGGUUUCCACAAGAUUUCAAGUGGAAACCACAAUUUUAUAAUGUGCUAAGGUUGUGACGUUAAGAUUUUAUUUGUGAAAAUUGCAUUAAUAAAAUCCCAAUAGCACACUCUACAGUAUAAUGAAAUCUCCACAUACAAGUUAUACUUCUGUAGGUCUGCAUUAAGUUUGCAAAUGAUCACAUUUAAUGUGUGUGUGUGUGUGUGUGUGCGUGUGUGGGGGUGGGUAGGAGUUUGGGUUAGGGGUCCUGGCUUGGCUUGGACACGGGCAAGGGGCUCCUCAAGGAGGAAAGUUUGAGAACCACUGAUCUAGAAGAUGUGAUCAAAAGUUGAGUCAAAAUGGCAACAAGGAAGCAGGAUCAAAGGUUUGGUGUCUUUAUGUGUUCACUUGUGCCUGAAUCUUUCUCACUAAACAUCAUCAACAGUUUAAGGGUUUGCCAGGGAGUGUUAAGUUUACAGAUUUGAAUACAGAAAACUAGGGAUAUUGUUUUUGGAUCCUUUUUCAACUGCAAUAACUGUGCUGAACUUUGCAUAACCCGCUCAAUUCAAAAUCUAUAUUUCCUCCACCGUUUUGAAUGAUGACGUUAGUAGCCUGGUAAAUCGGUUGGUCUUGACACUUAGGCUACAUAAACGGCUAACUCUGGAGUGCACUGGUAGAUCUAGCUAAAAACCUCUAAAUGUUUAAUCAUGGUUCAAUCCAAUCCAGAUUUAUUUAUAUAACACAUUUAUCAACAGCAUGACAGCUGACCAAAGUGCUGGACAUACAACAAAAGGAAACACGAUAAAAUAGUUGAGUCAAGAGGUAAAGAGUAAACCAAGUGAAACAAUACAAAUUUCAAGUGAGCAGUGGGGUAAAAAUUUACUAAACCCACAAAACAUUCAAACAAGUCUAAAAAUAUGAUUUGCUCAUUAUCACUCUGCUUCUGGCCUUUGAGUUUUUUCAGAAUUUCAGAGACUUGGUAGAAUCUAGAUGUUUAUAUCUAUGAAAAAUUUCUCCCAUUUUAUAAGACAAAUUAUAUUUUCAUACCAAAUAAAAGCCACAUCAUUUUUCUGUGAGGCUCUUCAUGCAUGGAUUGUACAUUAGUCAACUGAGCAACACAGCUCAGCCUGGUUGAACUCCCUCAUGCUCUAUGGCAUUGGGUGGACUGGACUAGAUACAGUCCAUCUUGGCCAAUACCUCAACCUGAUCAGUCAACCAGCAAACUGGUGCCAAUCACUAGCUCACACUGAGCUGUCAGUUAGGUGCAACUCAUUCACCUGUGACUGGAACACAUCCAGCAGCAGUUCAAAGCAAGAAUAACUAACCCUAACCCUCAAAGAAAGAAAUAAUUUUGUUUUAUUUAAAGAAAAUAAAACUAUAUCAGUUAUUUCCAGUGCAAAUAAACCUAUCUGAAAGAUAAAUACAGAGUAGCAAUGCCAAAGACCUGAAACAUGCAAUUACAAAGGUUAGAAAAAAACACAAAAGUUUACCUAACAAUCACAUCUAUCAUCUCCUGUCAACAAGAGCUCAACGGCAUGUGACAACAAACUGUCAUAUGAAAACAUGCAUGCAGUUGGUGCUGCAGAACCAGUGCAGGGAUUAAAGCUCAUUAUUUUAACACCUGCAGAAAAAAAUCAAAAUAUGUGAACUGGAAGCUUUGUUUACUGGAAGCCUGAUUCAGUGUCCAAUCAAUGUAGAGGCAGACGACCCAGGAAAGAGAAUGGUUACAAAAGGUGGGCCGAGGUUAGCAUUAAAGACGGCAAAAAAUCUUCACAAAGCAAGUAUUCAGUCAGCGGGAGCUUCGUGUUGGGUGCAGUUACAAUACCAUAACACAGAGAUAAAAAUUAAAAGGCAAGAAGAAAGCUAACACUAGAAAACACUUCAAAAGAAAAUUAUAAGAUGUCAAAACAAAUAGUUUGAAGGUAAAGUUAUUGAAAUUUAGACAUUGUUUUUAACCUCAUAUGUUUGUGUGAUCAUAUAAUGUUUUCUGUCCAACUGCGAUCAUAAUCACCCUGGAAACUAUAAAAACAAGGCAAAAAAACACUAUCACUAAAAGUUUAAUAGGUUUACACAAAAAGCAAAGUAUAAUGUUCUUUUCAAAUGAAUGAAUCCAAUUCCCUUGGGCAUAUAUCGCUCUACACUACACAGGGGAGCAAGCUUAAUGCUUUUAACUUUUGCAUUUUAAUAUAAACACCUUAUCACUGCCACUAACCAGAAAAUAUUCAGUAAUUUUUUUUUUAAUAAUUGGUAAACUUUUUGGUUGGUUAAUUCCAAAGAAAACAGUUAUUAAUGCAGAGUUCAGCAUGAAGGAUGAGGCAAACCCCGGCCUUCCACCAGACAUGAAAGUGACAUGUAAUGUAAUAGAAACACUUCAGCCGCGAGCUCCCCUCCAACCGGGAGUGAUUUCUCCACGAAUUGAGAGCAAAAGCAUUCCACGCUGCUGGUCCUGCAAAGUCACAGCAUCACAGGUGAAUUGAAACACUAUCACCGAUUUCUGAAGUCUUCAUAAUAACAAGCAAGGAAAAAGACCACUGUGAUCUGUGGUUUAGUUUCUGUUCUGUUUACCUCGCCUACAGGGGUUUCACAGGAAAUAGCAUACUUUUUUUUUUUUCACGUGACUUGUAUUUUGAAAGUUUCCUAAUCUUUUGCACUGCUUUUGUUUUUCACUUUCUCUCUGGCCCGAGCUAAGCUGCAGAGUUUGAUAUGUUUUGGAAGCUUAACUUGACUCGAAAUAUUGUGAUUCUGGGAGAUGUCCAAAACGUUAGAAUUUGCUGCUGGUGGAAAUGAACCUGUCCACUAUAUCGACUGCCACACUUACACGUCCAGUAAAAAGAUGAGGAACAUGUUAAAACAGGUCAUUCAAGCACAGAACACACUGUACCGACACGUGGAAUUUAAGUUUGCUUAUGCUGAGCUUGUUUCCUGAAGUAGGUGUGUGAGAUCACAGCCUGAGGGAAAAUACAUUUGAACUAAACUUGAAUAAAAGUUGGCCUGAAAGUGAACAUCGUUCUAAACAUCUGAAAGAUUUAGAUGUUAAAAUGUCUGCUUCGCCUGGAUCCUCAUGUAAGUACGUCUCAAACUCCAGAAUUCUAAUCAUUAUUGUUCCACACUUCCAACUGAGUUAACCCUCCCACUGUCUUCAUGGGUGAACCCGCAAAGAAAGUUGACCAUUCAGCAGGAUUGAUGGUUUAUCCCUUGAGGUCCACAUGGCAGGGGUGAGGUGGUGCUCACUCCUCACCCCUGCCACAUGGACCUUAAGGGAUAAACCAUCAACCCUGCUCAGUGGUCAAAUUUUUUGCAGGGUCACCCAUGAAGACAACGGGAGGGUUAAACUGUCUCGUGGUUUUGCUUCCACAUUUUUAUCAUAAUCAUUUAUUAUGCACCUAUGGAUGCAGGUUGAAGAGACCAGUUUUCAAAGUGCUACAGAAGUGUAACAUAAAAAUAAUCACACAUAUUUAAUAGAGGAAACUGCAGAAAGGAUAAAUCAUUUACAGUUAAAUGCACAGAAACAGCCAUUUGACAAAAUGUUUCUUUAAAAACAAAUUAUUCCAGUUAACCGUUCUUAACUUGUCUAUUAAAUUGGAUGUUUUUAAUCAGCCUUCUGUUCCAAUUUUAAUGACUUCUCUAAUUGAACAACAAUUAAAUUCUCUAUUGUUUACUUUGUUUGACAAUUAUGCUCAACGCCCACUUUUAUGUGACUUUCCUUCUCAACAGUCGAUCCCAGUGACAGGAGCUGUACUAUAGUGGAGCCCAUUAUACAAGUGUACAGAAACGCCAUAUAUAAAUAAUAUUGUAAUAUCUGUAAUUACAAAUAUUAUAUUGUAUUGUUUCAAUGUGUAGAAUGUGGACUUUUUCUUUAUUUUGAUUUAUUUUUAGCUGUGAAUUAUUCUUGAUUAAAAAACUCCAAUGCA